AUGCGUGAUCUGUCAGUGCCCGCUCUCAGAAGUUUCUUGAACGACUACCACCGCGAGCGCUUCCCGGCUAUGGAUGAUCAGCGAGAGAUCAUGUGGAUAUCCGUUGGCUGUGCUCAACGGCUUGACUCGAAAACUUUUGAAGAUCCAGGCUAUGACCGCAAGCUUAUGCUUGCUGAGAUCACAGGUGAAGGAGACCUUGUACCCCAAAAUUCUGUGAAGCUGCGUGACAUCUUGCCAGCCACAAAAGAAAACGUGGGGAAAAGAGCACCAAAAUAUGAUAGGUUCUAUCUCUAUCUACUAGCAAAACUUGGGAGUGACAGGGUGCUUCAUGACUGCUGGGCUCAAUUUGUGACAGGCCUCCCGUCUUCUGGGCGCGAUCACGCCAAAGCCUAUAGAGUGGUGCUAAUGCUAGUCCAAAAUGGACGCCCUGAGACAGCAGCAAAAUUCCUGGAAGAUGUGUCUCGGGUUUCCGGUGACAAUCUUCCCCGUAUUGCAAGAGUUGAACCUCAAGCUCUUCAAGCUCUCCUUGAUGAUCCUGUUGUGGGUGAUGCAUUGCCUGAUUUGGUGAGAGGCGAGGACUACCUUGAAUUACUUGAGGUUUGCCUCGACGGCAUGGACCAGAGAUUGGGUAUACAGUGGGACCCCGAAAGUCAAAGUCAUUUCCACACGGCGUCAGAGCCCUCAGACUCCAUAUGGGAAGCAUUUGACGAGCAAGCACUGCCCCCUGUUGAUCGACAUCGUUUCACCUCUUGUCACACCAGCCAACUAUAUGCAGAGCUUCAGGUCAAUGGCUGUUCCAAGUCACCAGCUGUAUUGGGGAGAAUUAUGGAUCUGUUACAUGAUCACGACGGUCUGUACCAGGAGAUUACCACUCAUCUCGAUUACGACGAACUUCGGCUUGAGGAAGUUCGCUCCGAAAUCGAAUCUCUUGAACUUCGAUGGACCCCAGAGUAUUCACCGGUAGAAUUCUCCAAUUCCCGAUUACCGGCGCUACAUGACUCGUCUGUACCACGGACUCCUGCUAGGCUCGGACUGAUUCGGGCUCGCUUGAUCGUUGAUGGAGUGCCCCAGAUGGGGAUCCAUGCCUUACAUUUGAUGCAGCUCGGCUGCAUGGACAUGCGGUAUGGUCCGGAUCAGCCAUGGCAGUCGUCUGGAUACAUUGUAGCAUGGGAUCGUCACUACAAUGAGCUCCUGGCUUUGUAUGUCGGGCACGGGAACGGAAUCAUUGAUUGUGGUCCAGCGCCCUCAGAUGGCCCCUUUGGGGCCUUGAUGCAUAUUAAGCUCCCAGCUGAUCCUAACCGAACGAAAUCCUCUUCUCUUGGAUCUCCUAAAAAUGCUCGAAAUUACUAUGGGCCUUACUUCCUGGAUGUAGAUCCAAGUCCAGACUUGCAUUAG